AAAAAAAUGAUAUCAAUUAUUGUAAUGAAUUCACAUUACUUUACAUACUCACGCACUUUAGUGAGUCAAGGAGCUAAAUGGUGACCGUAGUCGGCGUCACUCAGCUGCAGUGACUCCUCUUUAGCCUCGUGAGUAAGACGGGCCAACUCAGUAUUAAACCUGCUUCACCAUCAACUUCUCUCCUCUCUUCUAGUGAGCAUCAUAGGCAAAUCCAAGACAAUGUUGGAUCCAAUCACACCCAAGGCGCUGCGGAAAGGCGACACCAUCGCCUUCGUCGCACCCUCCUCCCGCAUCAACCACAUCUUCCCGCUCCGCAUACAGCGCGCAAAGCAGUUCCUCGAGAGCCAAGGGUUCCAAGUCAAGGACAUCUUCUCGCCCUCGCUUCCCAGCACAUCCCUCCGCGCCUCCGUCGAAGCCAGGGCCGAAGAAGUACACUCCGCCUUUCGCGAUGACACCAUCCACGCCAUCGUCUGCUGCAUUGGUGGCCUGACAGCCAACGAACUGUUGCCGUACCUUGACUACGACUUGAUCCGCGCGCAUCCCAAAAUCUUUGUUGGCUCGUCCGACAUUACGUUGAUACACUAUGCACUCCGCGCAGGCGCUGGUCUUAGGACCUUCUACGGCCCUUCUGCCAUCACCCAGCUGGCGGAGUACCCUGCGCCGCUGGACUUUACGUGGACCAACUUUGUGGCUACCUUGAUGGCUGAUCCGUCAGACGGGUCAAGUCAGCGGAGUCUCCCACGGGCCUUGGAGUACACGGAUGAAUUUCUAGAUUUUGGAUGCGAACCAGAUAACUUGCGUCCUCGGGUUCUCCAGCCAGCGCCUGGGUGGAAGUGGUUGCGUGGCGGCCAAUGCGAGGGCAAUAUUGUCGGCGGCUGUCUCCCUAGUAUACUUCAGCUCUUCGGUACGGCGUGGGAGCUCUCGUAUAAAGGAAAAGUCUUGCUUCUCGAGCUGCCUGAUGGACCAACACUAAAGUCGGCGUGGCCGCUGAGCUUGGUGCGCUGGAACCUGGGCGACUUGGCCACGCGAGGUGUAUGGCGAGACGUUGUUGGUGUGGUGCUCGGCCGCACAUAUCUCUACAGUGCGGAGGAGACGGCAGAAUGGGAGAGCAUGGUGCUUGAAUUCGCCGAAGAGUUCGAAUUUCCCAUUCUCUCUGGCGUUGAUGUUGGCCACACAGAUCCCAUGCUGACGCUGCCUCUGGAUACGCUCUGCCGUCUAGACAGCGACAAGGACGAGUGGCGUAUUUUGGAAGAUGUGGUGCUUAGCUAGCCGGUCAUUUUCUGACCAAACCCAUUUGAAUAGCUUUAUUUCUUCAAUUUUCCCUUGAAUUUACCACGCCAUAUUCACCAUGAUGCUAUCAUCGCCGUAUUUCUCUCUACAUGCAAAUCGGUUGUCGGCCCCGGAUCACGCCCGGCCCCACUCCCGCCGAUGCGGAUGCCGAAUGGAGCAACCACUGCAAACAAAAACAUGGCUGGGAAGAAUUUCUGGUCGAAAAGUAGAACCAGACGAAAAUAUCGUGAAAAUAGAUAAAUAAAUAUUAUCCAAUUCCAGUGGAUAGUCUGUCUUACCCGACACGAUGUAAGGCAUAACAAGAUGCAUGUUCAUCACAGUUGUGCGAUCGUGCUGGUCUCUGGAACGCAAGAGAAGCCCUAUGAUGCAGUCAAGUCUCACCAUGACACCAUCAUCACCGCCACUGCAACACAUCGCACAACUCUACUAAUCUUAUGCCGCUUGCGUGUCGUGGACGCGUUAAUUGAAAUCGCGACCGUGUUGAAGGAGGAAGACUUCCUUGCCACAGUUCGAUGCUCUGUGGCUCGCCCUUGCGCAGCAGCCCAAGACAUUAUG